AUGUCGUUUGGCGUGGCCGGAAGCGUGACGCAAGCUGAUUCGACGACGGGAGGAGCCAAGGCCAAAGCUGUACCGGGCGGCGGUACGACGGCCCUGUUCGAGAAUUUGCGCCCUCUUGGACGGAAUGUCUCACGCAAACCAAGGCGUCGGAAACGGACAACAGUCGACAGGAGGCUCUGCGACGUGUCAAGGUGGAAGGCACAGCAGAGUCAGGCGAUGCUUCAAGGCAACGAGGCAGCAAGGCAGCAAGGCAGCAAGGCAGCAAGGCAGCAAGGCCGCAAGGCAGGAGGGAAAAGAUUUCUUCCGCCAGCCCUCGGGCGGUCACGUUUCCGACUGCUCCUACAGUAG